UCCGUAUAUAAGCACUCUUCUCUGCGUCGGCUGUGAAAACCCUACAACUGAGAGGAGGAGUAGAAGAGCAAUAAUCGAAAAUGGUGCAGCGACUUACUUAUCGCAAGCGGCACAGCUAUGCCACCAAAUCGAACCAGCACCGUGUCGUCAAAACCCCCGGUGGAAGGCUGGUGUACCAGGGCACCAAGAAGAGAGCAAGUGGCCCCAAGUGUCCUGUUACCGGCAAGCGGAUUCAAGGGAUUCCUCACCUGAGACCUGCCGAAUAUAAGAGAUCUAGAUUGCCUAGAAACCGGAGGACUGUCAACCGUGCAUAUGGUGGAGUUUUGUCUGGUGGUGCUGUCAGGGAAAGGAUUAUUAGGGCCUUCUUGGUUGAAGAGCAAAAGAUUGUGAAGAAAGUCUUGAAGCUUCAGAAGACCAAGGAGAAGCAAUCAAAGAGCUAAAUAUUGAGUUAAAAAGGCUUAUGUGUGUUAAGCUUCUUCACAGUGUUUUAUCUUAUGGGGGAAAUUUAGUGCAUCAUGGAAAAGUUAUCUGGGUGUUAUAAUUUUGAAGAGUAUUUUUCUCUACCAUGUUGUGAACAACUAUUAUUUUUAGCUUUCCUUUUUAACUUUGUCGACAAAUCAAUUGGGGUACAAUUUUGUUUUCAUUGCAAGCUU